UCUCGUCUAAUAAUAAAAAAUUUACCAAAAAAUUUAACCGAUAAUAAAUUUCGGGAACAUUUUUCUUCGAAAGGUCAAGUAACUGAUGCAAAAAUAAUAAAAACAAGUGAUGGUAGAUCUCGUUGUUUUGGCUUUAUUGGUUAUCGUUCAGAACAAGAAGCAAAUGAUGCACUAAAAUAUUUUAAUAAUACUUUCAUAUUCACUUCAAGAAUUACAGUUGAACGUGCUAAACCUGUGAAUGAUUCAUCACUCCCUAGACCUUGGAGUGCACACAGUACUGGUUCUUCAAGAUAUGAAAAGAGUCACCAACAGCAAAAACCUGAUGAUAAACUAGUGGAUGACAAUGUUAAAGCAACUAAAGAUAAAAAGAAAUCAAAGUCAAAAAUCUCAAUUGUAGAUGAGAAUAAUGAAAAAUUACAUGAAUUUUUAGAAGUUAUGCAGCCAAGAUCAAAAUCUAAAACUUGGGCAAACGAUGAUUUAACAACUUUAGAUUCACAACAUGGAAAAAAGUCUAAAAUAGGAAAUGAAAACAAAUCUGUAAAAAAAAAUGCAAAAUCUGAAGAAUCAGAUGAUGAACUUUAUCAAGAUUUACGAUAUAAAACUAAGGAUAAAAAGAAGAAAGAGGAAGAUGAGGAGGAGGAAGAAGAAGAUGAUGAUGAUGACGAUGAAGAAGAAGAAGAUGAUGAUGAUGAUAGUGAUAAGACGAAUAAUAAUUCAAACCAUCAAACCACUGACGUGCCACCUGAAGAAUCUAUAGGUGAAACUGGUCGUUUGUUUGUUAGGAAUCUACCCUACAUUUGUACAGAAGACGAUUUACGAAGAGAGUUUGUCAAGUUUGGUCCACUUGCUGAAGUUCACAUGCCAAUUGAUAAAGAAACUAAGAAACAAAAAGGUUUCGCUUAUAUCCUUUAUCAUAUUCCUGAGCAUGCCGUCAAGGCUUUUAUAGAACUUGAUAACAAAUUUUUUAUGGGUAGAUUAUUACAUAUUAUACCUUCAAGAGAGAAACCUCAGUCGCGUGAUUCUGAUCCAACAGAGAGAGAUGAAACUAAAAGCACAAGCCACAACGAUUCGAUUGCUGAAUCCAUCGCAAAUAGAUUUAACAUAAAAAAAUCCGAUAUUUUAGAUCCAGAAAGUGACAAUAUGUCUGCUCGCCUCGCUCUUGCGGAAACACAUAUUAUACAAGAAACAAAAGCAUAUCUUGCAGAGAAUGGAAUAUUCUUAGAGUCCUUUGGAAAAAAAGAAAGAAGUAACAAUGUUAUUUUGAUAAAAAAUAUUUCGUACAGUGCCACCAAAGAAGAUUUACAACAAUUAUUUGGAUGGUAUGGAGAAAUUGGUCGGUUAAUAAUACCACCGGCUCAAACACUUGCUGUAGUAGAAUUUUCACAUCCAACUGAAGCUAAAAAUGCAUUUACAAAUCUUGCCUAUAAGAUGUUUAAAGGAGUUCCGCUUUACCUAGAAAUGGCACCUGUUAACGUCUUUAAAAAUGAUGAUUCUAAAGAAGAUGAAUCAUCUAAACAAGAAAAGAAAAAAGUGUUGUCUUCUAAUGACCUUGUUGAACCAACACUUAAUGUGGAUGAUGAUAACAUUGAUGUUAAAUCUGAAGUAAAUGUUACUUUAUUUGUAAAAAAUUUAAGUUUUGAUACUACAGAGGAAGGGUUAAAGAAUGUAUUUAAAAAUACACCUGGUAUGAAAUCUACAAAAAUAAAAAUGAAAAAUGAUCCAAAAAACCCUGGUAAAAAAUUAAGCAUGGGAUUUGGAUUUAUUGAAUAUGAUAAUAUAAAAAAUGCAAAGAAUGCUUUGAAAGUUAUGCAGAAUUAUGAGCUCGAUGGUCAUGCAUUACAAUUGAAAUUUUCGAAUCGUGGAGUAGAUGUUGUACAACAAAAACGUAAAGAGGAUGAGAAUCAAGAGUCAACUAAAAUUAUAGUUAAAAAUUUAGCCUUUGAAUCAACAAAAAAAGAAGUCAAGGAGCUAUUUAGUUCUUACGGGCAAAUUAAAACACUUCGUUUACCAAAAAAGUUUGAUGGUACAUCACGUGGUUUCGCUUUUAUAGAAUUUUUAACGAAACGCGAUGCAAGAAAUGUUAUGGAAAAUCUGCGUGAUACUCAUUUAUUAGGUAGACAUUUAAUAUUGGAAUAUGCUGAAGUUGAUAAAGAUGUUGAGGAAUUAAGAGAGAAAGUUGGUAGAGAGUACAUUGCUGAUAUAGAAGGUGGUGAUGGCAGAAUGAGAAAAAGGAAAAAAGUUGACAUGGAAGAUUGGAAGGAAAGUCAUCGAGAUGAUAAUGAUUAUAUGGAGGAAUAA